AGCUGGACGAGGGGACUGCACCUCUGGAGGUGGAGCAGAUGCCAACUGCUUCUCUUCAGAUUUCUGAUGUAGUUGGUGGAGGGAAUGCUGUUUCGCCGGUUGUCUUGUCGUCGGAGGUGGCAGCGUUACCAGGUGAAUUGAAUGUACCUACUGUGGUAUGUGCUGAGUUGUUGGAGUCUAAUGAGGGUGAUGUGAAUGAUGUGAAGCCGUUGCAGGUAGUUUCGAAUGUCGAUGGUGGUUCUUCACUGCGGGAUGUGGGUGGGUCUUUUGCUUUGUCGUCGAGUGGUCUGAAGAAGGACAAUACACGGCCGAUGAGUGCUGUGCCUAGUGCUUCUCUGUAUGGUGAAGAGGGGAGGCCUGCGCGUGCAAGUUUUGGUUUGGGGUCGAAUGCUUGUGAUGAGGUGGCUGGAAGUAUGUUUUCUAGAGGUGGUUCUGUUUCAUCUCGGCCAUUGUCAGUGGCUCGACUUGCCUCGAAUCCGAGUUCUGAGCAUCGUAUUUUUACGGGGAUGAAUUCGCAAGAUGCUUUUAUUGCAGGGAGUGACAUGCGGCCGAGGGUGCUUGUUGGCAAGGCCCGCGUUCGAAAUUUGACGUCCGUCACUCCAGACCGGCAGCUGGAUGGAGUGUUGAUGACUCGCGGCAUGGGGAAGGUGGUGGACUCGUUUCCAUUUCUUAGCUCGGUUGAAGAUGGUGGCAGUGGGGUCGUACGCAGGGGCAGGCUGCAGCCGUCAUCGCGUUCGUCGGUGAGAUCGUCUUCGGCCUUCGUUGGGGUGCAGCGUCGUGAGGCUCGCUUUGCUUCUGCUGUUCUUUCGCCAACAGGGUCGCCGUUGUACCCGCAGCAUGCGCCCCUGCGCAUUCAGCGACAGUAUGAGACCUGCCGGGGUAUCUUUCCGUCGUGGAACGAUCCCGCGGUGGUGAUCCCGCGCCGUGAACGGGAGUCGCUUCCCAAACCGUCGUCUUCUGAACUGCCACUGCUGCGGAAGCAGAAGGAGGGGUCACUGCCGCACCAGAACCUUAUUUUGCAUGGCAACCGGUGCCUGACACCCCGGAUACCCGUGAACGUGGCGCUGCAGCGACCCGUGGGAGCGGCGGAUGCCUCUGCGUCGCAUCGGCGGUUGGGCGAGGUGGUGGCAAGGAUAGCAAUCUCGCGCACCCCAUCGCCGCAGCAGCAGGCCAUGCAGUAUUUUUCACCGGAGCUACUAGCCUGCCCCUACCAUCGCGAGGCGCCGUACCGUAUGCGCUGGCGGCGGUGUGACGCUUCUUGUGCUCGAAUUUGGCCCACCAUGAACUUGCCACCAUAUACUUCUCAAGGCGUUCCGAGGCGACCAGUUCCGCUUCCCACGCUGACAAGUCCAAGAUUUACCGCCACCACCGGCGCCACGGAGACCACUCGUUUUGUGAGAGACAGGUUUGCUAACUACUAG